GUAAACCUUCUUUCUGCUGUUCUCUGUUUUUCAGUUUGUUGCAAUUGUUGCUUUUUGCGAAAUUUUGUCACUUUUUGACUAUUUUCUAUUUGGAUUAGAGAAAAUAACGUCAUAUCAGUGAAAAUAAUUUCCUAAUGGCGGAUAAUCAGAAUGGUAAGAUGGAUUUAGAUGGCGAUAACGAUGAUGACUUAGCCUCCGAUGAAAGUAUCGCCGGAUCUGAUGAAGUUGAUUCCGAAGACGACGAAGCUCAAUUGAAUGAAUGGAAAGAGAAGAAAGCUAGGCUUCAAGAAAAGAUUGCCAAAGACAGUUCAGAUUAUUACGCGUACAUCGAGUUGAUCGAAGUAUUGAAAUCAUUGGGAGAACUUGAUGACUUGAGAAAAGCUCGUGAAGAUUUCAAUGAACAGUAUCCGCUUACUCCUGAUAUGUGGUUGGCGUGGAUUGAAGAUGAGAAAAAUAUAGCUACCACUGAAGAAGAAAAACAACAUGUUGUUCAGUUAUUCGAAAGAGCUCUGAAGGAUUACGUUUCUGUUGAUAUUUGGUUAGAAUACGCUCAAUUCAGUACCGGUGCUUUGUCAAUAGAAAAUGCUCGUAGUGUUAUGGAACGUGCUCUCAACAUAUCCGGAUUACAUGUUUCUAAAGCCAAAAUGCUAUGGGAAGUGUAUCGUGAAGUGGAAACUUUUGUCUUACAGUCGCUCAAAAAACCCGAUCCUUCGGAUGAAGAGGCUGAAGCUAUUAUCACGCAGAAAAGACGAAUAGCUGAGUUAUUACGUCGACAGCUUUGCAUCCCUUUAAUGGAUAUGGAAUGUACUUACCAAGAAUUAAAAGCUUGGAUCGAUAAAGAAGAAGCUGGAAAUCUAUUUGAUAUGGAAUCGUUGGAAAGUGCUUAUAAACAAGCGUUGGAAAAACUAAGUAGAAUAUAUACUUUCGAAGAGAGCUUGCUGUGCAGUGAAGCAGAAGCAACAUUGCCUAUUUAUCAGAAAUACUUGGAAUAUGAAAAGAAUCCAGUUGAAGGAGGCAAUGAUCCAUUUAGAGUGAGAUGUUUAUACGAAAGAGCUCUUACCGAUAAUCCUCUAAAUGCUGUUUUCUGGUCGGAUUAUAUCCAAUAUUUGUCUAACGAUGUUAAAAUACCCGAAGAUAUUCUGUCCACUUGUCAUAGAGCGGUGAGAAAUUGUCCUUUUGAAUCGGCGUUCUGGAGACAGUACAUGAUCGAGUUAGAAAGAAGUAAUAGAGAGAAGACUGAAAUCACCGAAGUUUUGAAUAAGAGUUUGAAGAACGUAUUUCCUAGUCCACAAGAUUACAGAUUACUUUGGCUGUCGUAUAUUUAUUACCUGAUGAGAUAUUUGAAUUCAAUUCCUGGAGAUGAUGCAAAACUGUGGAACAAUACGAUCGAAGAAAUACGAGCAGUUUUAAACAUGUCAUCUGAAAAUCUCGCAGAAUAUUACGGUGCAGAAGGUGAUCCUGAAAGCGAUAUUCUCCUUCUAUGGGCUAGAUUCGAAGCUGAAACCGCCAAAGACCUGGAACGAUACCGGAAAAUAUGGACUGAUAUAUUGAAUCUCGGCCAUAAAAACUCCGUAGUGUACUGGGUCAAGUACAUAAACAUGGAAUGGCAAUAUGGUGAUGCGAAACAUUAUAGAAAAUUAUGCGAAAGAGCCCUAACCGCUUUGGUAUCUGCAGCCAAGUAUCCUAAAAAUGUGAUCUCGUUAUGGUUGGAAUUCGAAUCGCUGAAAGGUUCACUGGAUUCGUUUUUAAAUUGUCAGAAAAUUUGCGAUGAAAAAAUGAAACAGUACAAUAUCGCUAAAGAAAAAAUCGAGAAAAAGGCCGAAAAAAAGAAACCAUCUGAAAAAGAAAAGAAAUCGAAUACCGAUGAUAAACUAUUCGCUAAACCUGCUCCUAAAGCAUCCACCACAGUAACCAAAAAAUCACCUGUGAAAGUUUCAAACACAACCUCCUCAGGCGAUGAGCCAGCUUCUAAGCAAAAAAAAUUGGAAACAGCGAUGGAGACUUCUUCUGGUCCUAAUUUUGUUGAACACGAUCCAACUAAAGAUGACAGGACUGUCUUCAUCAGUAAUUUAGAUUUUACCGUUACCGAAGAGGAUGUUAAAAACGCCCUCGGUGCGGUUGGUACCAUAGAAGAGUUCAGAUUAGUUAGAGAUUUUAAGGGGAGAUCUAGAGGAUUCGGAUAUAUGGUGUUUUCUAAGAGGCAAGAAGCUCAAAACGCUAUAAAGAAAGAUCGUACUCCAGUCAAUGAAAGACCAAUGUUUGUAUCGGAGUGUGAUCCAAAUCGACAAACUCGUAAAUCUGGAUUGAGAUUUAACGUCGGUUUAGAGAAAAAUAAAUUAUUCGUAAAAGGAUUACCACUUGAGAUGAAUAAAGAAGGAGUUGAAAAAGUAUUUGAAAAAUAUGGUACCUUGAAAGAAGUACGUUUAGUUACAUACAGAAAUGGUCAUUCCAAAGGAUUGGCUUACGUCGAGUUCGAAGACGAGACUUCGGCAGCUCACGCUUUAAUUAAAACCGAUGGGAUGGUGAUCGAUGACAAAACCAUCUCGGUGGCCAUCAGUAAUCCACCAGAAAGGAAAAAUAACCCUUCAUUGAUUCCUUCAAGAGGUCCUUCGAUCUCAGAAAUCGCUCUAGGUGGAGGUUCCGGUGAUAAAGCUGAAGUUGGACAACGAGGGAAAAGCAGAACACAGCUUUCAUUCGUACCUCGAGCUCUGCAAGUUAAUCCUACUUCCAAUAAAAUGGACUUUGAAGACAGCAAGCCUACGAAUGGUACGAAACCCAUGACUAACGCGGAUUUCAAAGCAGCACUUUUCGGUAGUAAAUGAACUCAUUUCACGUUAUCUUAAAAGAUUUUUUUUUUACUUUUUAUUUUUCAAAGAAGAUUACUAUCAUUUUUUUCUAUUCCGUACUUAUUUUUAUAUUUAUCGUAAGUUUUUUGGUCUCGUUGAAGAGUGAACGAGGUAAAUGUUGAAAAUGGCGUACACUUACGCGAUGUAUUUAUUUGUUGAUAAUAUAAAUAUUUUAACGAUG